GGUUUGAGUCUCGUCACAGGGACUCGCUGAGUUUCCAGAUCUCUCCGGCCGGUUUGAAAGCUGCUGUCAUAUGAUAUGCUGUAUCAGGAUUAAUCCAUUAUCUCUUCUGUAAGGUCAUCUUCAUGAACACAAAAGCAGCACAUUACUUCACGAGGUGUGUGCAAAACGCACACGUUACUGCAUCCGUCUGAAGAGUGAACAACCAGCAGGAUUUGUGUCCCUUCAGGGAGCCAUUACCAUCGUGAAUGUUGAGAAAGAAAGGAGUCAGGUUCAAAAAGAAGCGUAAUGCUGUACUCUAUGCUCCUGACGCUCCACUGGAUGACGGUGUCAGCAGCGUUGCAGUCAUUCACACACACUACCCUGAAGGAAGAUGGCAAAAGGCCGUAUAUUCACCACUGCCGCUCACCAAACAUGGAGAUCUUCACCUGCUGGUGGCAUCCGAUCACUAAUCAGGACAACGUCACCUACACGCUCCUGUACACCAGGGGUGAUCGCGCUCCUCGGGAGUGUCCUGAUUACGUGAGUGGCGGCAUCAACAGCUGCUUCUUUGAUGUUAAACACACUCAGGUCUGGGAGAUGUACUGUAUGAACGUGACCGCACACACUCGCACGGGGCCCAUCACCUCUCAGAAACACUGUCUGGACGUGGUUGAUAUAGUGGAGACCGACCCACCCUCGAACCUGACGUACAUCAUGCUGAACGAGAGCAUCGGUGAAGCUGGACACAGCAUUCUGGUGUCCUGGUUACAUCCGAUCGAGCCUCUAGGGCAUGAGGGAUCCAUCAUGCUGGUCUACGAGCUUCGCUACAGAAACCUGGCUCAAACAGACAACUGGAGGGUAAUGGAGCGUCUGCGUGAGCCUCAUGUGGAGUUUCUGAAUCUGCCGGUGGGAUCGUACGAGUUCAGUGUGCGCUGCCGCUCCACCAGCAACAAACACUGGAGUGCAUGGAGCGAGACCAUCACCGUCAUCAUCAGCGGCAGUGCUCUGUCUGAUCGGACGUUGGCCUUGAUCCUUGUGACCAGCAUCGCCAUCAUGGUCCUCCUCAUCAUCAGUUUGGGGAACAUCCCACAAGGCAAGAGCAGGAUUAAAUCCUUCUUCCUGCCAGUGAUCCCCAAACCACGCAUCCCAGGGCUUGAACCCGCUCUUCUGAAGAAGGGAAAGAUGGACGAGAUCAAUCAGCAUUUCUCCAGCUUUCAUGGCUAUAAGUCACCACAGCACUGCACGGAGACAUGGUACCAGGUGAGCGUGGACACGAGUCCGGCUGUGACGCUCAGCAUCGUCCCGUCUGACGAUAUACAGGGGGAUGUGCCGACUGCACCAAUCACGCCGUACAUAACUACCCCUGAUGGACACCAGUCUGUUCAGACCAGCUGCACUCCUGUACCUUACAGCCAUGGCCCCGCCCCCUGCUCUGAGGAGGACACACCCACUCCACACCCUGGCCCCGCCGCCCCAGAGCUCAGAUCUGUCCUAGGCAUGGACUACAGCAUGAUUGUAAACCCCGUCCCCGUGGUGCCGCCGUCUCAGGACUGCUAUACAUGUGUGAAGGGCAUGACUCCCGGCGGGGCGCUGCAUCUGGUGCCGUACCUGCAGUUCAGAGAGGGAGCAGACGACCAGCAGGACAAGAGCAGCCAGCUGACCGCUCUCCUGGAGAAACAGAUGGAGGCGCUGCUGAGCACUGCUGAGACUGAGCCGGGCCGAGCUGACAUGCCUUCACUACCUCCUUCAUCGGACAGGAGCUGCAGGAGCAUCUCAUAACACACACACACACACACACAGUCCACGAGUCACACAGUCUGUGCUGGUUUGUUCUGAUGGGAAGCGUGACUGAUGUUUCAGUUCACACGCAGAACGCCUGAUUCACAGCGUUAGUGAUUUAAUUGAAUUCAUUGAGUUACGUUUGGGUAGAUUUGUCAUAAAUUAAGUCAGGUAAAUGUUUUAGCUAAAAUCUCAGGUCCAAGUAGAAACAACUGAACAGAGGAAAACACGUUUCUUUAAGGGACAGAUUGAAGAAUAGAGAGGGAACGGGUCACAUCUGGAAAUCCAGUCACUUCUUUUCUAUGACCAGCACAUGUCAACUAAACACGUCUCAACACAAAGUGGAGAAAUAUAUAGCUUCAGCUGAACAAAACAUCAUUCACAAGGUCCAGUGAUGUCCUCCUGCAGGGCUUGAUUCAGUUCCUAGAGUCCAGAAGAGCGUGUCGUGACGAGGAAUACUGAAAACACACACCUCAGAUCGUCGCAGUGUUCACACACACACACACACACACACACACACACACACACACACACACACACACACACACACUCACUCGACUGGUUUGGAGAUGAUCGGUCAUUCAGGCUGGAACACAGCUCUCAGAAUAUGCAAAACUCUAGAGUUUCUGUUUAAAGACACAAUCCCUGCUCUAUUUCAGGUUAAAAGUCAAGAUUAAAAGAACAUUUGCACCUCUUCAAAUGUUUGAGUGGCAGUUUAACUCAUGUGAAAAUGUUUUUGUGUUGUAAAUGUGUAAUCGUCCAGAAUCAGCAGCUUCGUUCACUUUUUAGUACUACUUUCAUAAUGAGUGCUCUAUAAAACACUACAGAAAAACACUUCUUGGCUAAAAAUGGCUGUUUUGUGUGUUUGUUCAUGGCUAUGUAGAAGUGUCACAUGAGCUCCUGAUGAAAUAGCGUCAUAGAGAAAGAGAGAUAAUGUUACUGUAACGAGAAUCUGUUGUGUGUGUGUGUGUGUGUGUGUGUGUGUGUGUGUGUUCGUUUUUUGUUCACCACUGUUUCUCAGACCCAUUUCAGUGUCAGGUCAUGUUUCAGAAACAUUUCUUCUUGAUUUUCCUGAGGGAUUAUGUGUCUUUGUGUGUCUGUGCCUUAUAACUCAGGUUCUGUUAUAUUUAAAAAGAGGUUUAUAGAGUAAUAUAUGUGUCGGCUUUCACAGAAGUGCAGCAUGUAUUCUUAAUAUCUCAUGUUAGAGUUAGGGUUGUUUUUGUGCAUUUGAUUUGUUCUUCAUAUAAAUGCUGCCAUCUGUAGGACAAUUAUUUUCCCAUGUGGUCAAAUAAAGAGAAACUAAACGUG